UGCUCCCACGCUCCCACACCGGCACACUGGCAAGUGUUGUGUAGCUGCUUUUGUGUCGAGUCUGACGGCAGCUUCAUUUUUCUACAUGGUUUCGUCUGCCCGCUUCAUCAGUCACUGGAAACUCAGAGUUCGGAUUUAAACAAUGCAUUAGAAGUGAAAACUGUAUAUUUACAAAAAACCUAAAACUAUUUUAAAAGCUUAACAGCAGCGAAGACGAAGGGACCUGGAUUAACACUCGGAACAGUGGAACAGACACGAAAUUCCAAAUUGCAGAGCGGUGAACACACCUGGAGUGUGAACUUCAGUCUUUUCAGUGGAGAUGCAGCACUCGGUGUGGUUAAUGCUGGCGACCCUGUGGGUGUCACAGACUGUGGAGAGCUGCCCCGACGUUUGUUCAUGCUCCAGGACGUCUGAUUCACAGAAGUCUGCAGUCAGCUGUCAGAAGAAGGGUCUCGACAGUUUCCCCUCCAAUCUGCCUCCAGAUGCUUGGAUCCUCAAACUUGGUGAGAAUGAUAUCACAGACCUGCAGGCUGAUGCUCUGAACUUGGUUCCAAACGUGGAGAGUAUCCUCCUGGAACACAACGCCAUCAAAACAAUCCACCCCCAGGCCUUCUCUGGUGCAAAGCACCUGAGGCUUCUCAAUCUUGAGAGGAACCACAUCACCAAACUUCCACCUAGAGUAUUCAAGGAUCUCCUGAACCUUCGCUUCCUUAUGCUCGGCCAAAACCAGAUUGGCCUCCUCAAAGCGGACAUGUUUGCUGGCAUGAAGAACCUGUCAGAUCUUGACCUUCCGCUCAAUUCGUUGACCUCGCUCCCACCUAAUGCAUUCAAGCAUCUCACUUCCCUCAAAGUUCUGGACCUUUCUUUGAACGUCAUUCAAAGAAUGUCCCCAAAGGCCUUCACCGGCCUCCAGCAGCUCAUGUUUCUCAACCUGGACAAUAACAGUCUGAAGACCAUUCCUGCUGGAGCAUUCAAGCCCCUGGGAACUCUAGAGAUGCUGGUUCUAGAUAACAACCUUCUGUCCUCACUGAAGCCGUCAGCUUUGGAUGGUCUGGACAACUUGCAGGAACUCUACCUGCGGAAGAACAAUCUGGAGCAGCUGCUCCCUGAUGUGUUCAGCAACAUGCCCAAGCUUUCUCAGCUGGCUCUCAGUGGAAACCGCCUGAAGACUGUGAAUGGAAACAUGUUCAUCCAUAUGCUGAACCUGAGGAAGCUGCAUCUCCAUGACAACCCGUGGCGGUGUGACUGUAACCUCAGCUCCUUGGUGCAGUGGAUGAAGCAGACUAAGGCCGCCCUGUCUCCUCGGACAGCCAUGAGAUGUCUUAGUCCUCCGGAGCUCCAAAACAAAAUCCUCAGCAGUCUCGGCGAUGACAAACUGCUCUGUCAUGUCUAAUACCAGAACAUGUCAAAGACCAUGACCUGGUCUCUGACUGCAGAUCCAGAUCAACUUUUAUUCAACUUCCUUUUUACUUUGUAACCUACUUUUUUUUUUUAGAGAGAGAGAAUUUAUUUGUUGUGGGAUUUCUCAGAGCUGAAAAAUAGUCAAUAUGUUUUUCCUUUUAUUUUAAGAACAACACUGACAUGUUCAGCUAUAGAAACUUUGGUUUAACUGGCAUGUAUUUUUUGAGUUAUAGAUGUAGCUUCAUCUCAUACUGUAGCAUGAAACUCUUCAAUAGUAAAAGUAUGAAAAAGCUUGAGACCCGCAAACCACUUGUAAUAUAUGCAAAU